AUCUUAGGGGCAGCUUUUGACAGCGUGUGGGCCAUAUAUUUUUUGUUUAUGCGCAAGUAGUCGUAAUAAGGACAUACAUACGUUGAGUUUGAUCCAAUGAUGGACAUGUCGAAUGACGCAGUGCACACUAUCACACCGGAUCAGGAACUUUAUGUGCUGAAAUUGAUUCUCAGCUUACGAAGUCUCGGUGACAUUGGGGCGAGCGAGAGGCUCCGCUCAAGCGUUCGGAAGGCUCUGAUGCGGAGUGAGGACGACCAUGAUGCAGGUAUUGCGGUGGACGAAGCAGUCCGCCGUGCGAGGAAGACGGAAAGUAAACUGGAUGGCAGCUAUGAUAAGGCACGCGAGCGCAAGCGUCAAAAGCGCGAGGAAGAGCGUGCACGUGCGUAUAGGUACGUGGACGCCGAGGCUGAGACAGGCGACGAUAGUGAAGGUACCGAUGAAGAGCAAGAAGUGAUGUCGUAAUGAAUGGAGCUACACACAUCGCGCUUUGUAAUACCUGUGGUGUGUGUUUUAGUUCCUCUGACGAAUGUGGAUUGGUGUUCACGAAGGGUGGAUAUUUUAGCCGAUUCAAUGAGUGCAUUUUCCCUA